GUCGUGCCACUUAAUUCAGCAAGCAUGGCCGACAACGUGGAAAACAAACUGGAAAAGAUGGAUAUAUCUGAGAAGAAAAAGGCAUGACGCAUUUAUUUUAAUUAAAGCUUAACAUGCUGUCAAGAUUUUCUUUUUCCUCUCUUCGCAGCCGACUCGGAACAACUGUCAGUCGAUUCAGUAGUCGGUCACAGAAAGGGAAGAAAGCUAAAGCAGAGGCUGCUGGUGAUCAGGUUGAUAAACUAAAACCGAUGGAUCCCCCACCAGAAUUUCUUGCAUCAAGACAAGUAUUAUGGGAUAAAUUAAAAAAGGAAUAUGAUGACUGGGUGGCAGCACAGGAACGUAAACCAAUCAAUGUGACACUGCCUGAUGGGAAGGUUGUUGAGGGCAAGGCAUGGGAGACUACUCCAUAUGAUGUUGCUAAAGGUAUCAGCCAAGGUUUGGCAGACAACACUGUAAUAGCAAAGGUGAACGAUGUAUUAUGGGACCUUGAUCGUCCAUUAGAACAAGAUGCAACAUUACAGUUGCUAAAGUUUGAUGAUAAAGAUGGAGAGUAUGUAUUCUGGCAUUCCAGUGCACAUAUAUUAGGUGAGGCCAUGGAAUGUUUAUAUGGUGGACAUCUUUGUUACGGUCCACCCAUAGAGGGCGGUUUCUACUACGACAUGUGGUCAAACAGACAGGUAUCAAGCAAUGAUUACCCUGUGAUAGAGAAUAGAGUAAAACAAAUUGUGAAAGAUAAGCAACCAUUUGAGAGACUUGUUAUGACCAAGGAAAAUCUUCUAAAGAUGUUUGAGUACAAUGAGUUUAAAAAAAGAAUCAUCACUGAAAAGGUUACCACCCCAACAACUACUGUGUACAAAUGUGGACCUUUGAUAGAUCUGUGUAGAGGACCUCAUGUACGUCAUACUGGUAAAAUCAAGUCAAUGGCUGUCACUAAAAAUUCAUCUACAUAUUGGGAAGGUAAGGCAGAUGCCGAGUCUCUUCAGAGAAUUUAUGGAAUCUCAUUCCCAGAUCCCAAACAGAUGAAGGAAUGGAAACAUUUCCAGGAGGAGGCAGCUAAAAGAAAUCAUAGAAAAAUUGGAGUAGAUCAGGAGUUAUUCUUCUUCCACGAAUUGAGUCCUGGUUCAUGUUUCUUUUUGCCACGUGGAGCACAUAUAUAUAACACUCUUAUAAACUUUAUGAAGAGUGAGUACAGAAAACGUGGCUUUCAAGAGGUUGUGUCACCAAACAUAUACAAUCAUAAGUUAUGGGAAACUUCAGGCCAUUGGCAACAUUACUCUGAUUGCAUGUUCAAGUUUGAUAUAGAAAAAGAAAAAUAUGGCCUGAAACCUAUGAAUUGUCCAGGACAUUGUUUGAUGUUUGACCACCGUAUCAGAUCGCACAAAGAACUACCAUUGAGAAUGGCUGACUUUGGCGUGCUACACAGAAACGAGUUGUCCGGGGCUCUCAGUGGAUUGACUCGUGUACGAAGAUUCCAACAAGACGAUGCUCACAUAUUCUGUGCACCUGAACAGAUUGAGCAAGAAAUUAUGGGUUGUUUAGAUUUUUUGAAGUUUGUGUAUGGUGUUUUUGGAUUCACAUUUGAGUUGAAGUUGUCAACCCGACCUGAAGGUUUCCUAGGUGAAGUUUCAUUGUGGGAUAUGGCUGAGAAGGAUCUUGCAACGUGCUUGGAUAAGUCUGGUCUCAAAUGGGAGUUGAACCCAGGUGAUGGUGCUUUCUAUGGUCCAAAAAUUGACAUCACCAUUAUGGAUGCAUUAAAAAGGUCCCAUCAGUGUGCCACUAUACAACUUGAUUUCCAGUUGCCUAUCAGAUUUAAUCUAGGCUACAUUGGGGCGUCUGCUGACGGGGAGAAGUUACGACCUGUGAUCAUCCAUCGUGCUAUACUGGGUUCCGUGGAGAGAAUGAUUGCUAUCCUCUGUGAAAGUUAUGGUGGAAAAUGGCCAUUCUGGUUGUCCCCAAGGCAAGCUAUAGUAAUACCAGUGGCUCCAGCAUUUGAUGAUUAUGCUUUGAAGGUAAAACAACAAAUCCAUGAUGCUGGAUUUCUAUGUGAUGCAGAACUUGAUGCCUCCAAUACUUUGAAUAAAAAAGUUAGAAACUCGCAGUUAGCUCAAUAUAACUUUAUUCUAGUGGUAGGUCAGAAGGAAGCGCAUUCUGGGUCAGCUAAUGUACGUACACGUGACAACAACGUGCACGGGGAACGUUCUAUUGAUAAAAUCAUAGGAAGGUUUGCUGAUUUCAGUGCAAGCAGAUGUGGGGAUGCUGAGGAACAGUUUUAAAAACAUUUAAAAUCAAGUCACUUUAGUCCAGGACUUCAUUAAAGACAGGAGAAUUUAUUAUUGGCAAAUUUUAAAUGGCGUAGAAACAGUGGUGAAAAAAAUGAAGGUCAACUCUCAAAGUAUUCCUUCCUUAUUAACAAACUUAGAUGCAUGAAUUGUUAAAGACACAGACACUUUAUCUUGAAUAUAUGAAGAUUUUUUGAAUGUAUGCAAUAGUCUAAGUGUUUUGUUUCAAUAAGUGUAUGAAUCAUGAAUCAAUCCGGACAUUAAUUUAAAUGAAGUUUUGCUUUUUGCCAUAAUCAUUGUAUUGUUAGGUAUGAUAACAGCGGUACUGACACAGCGUGGUAACUUAUCCAAUAAUCAGUGUAGAGAAGUCCACAUUUUAUCAUAUAUUCUUUUUGGUGCACACAUAAUUAAUGUAGUUAAUGUUUUAUUUCAUAGCUUAAUCUUGUGAUUUGAGUUGCAAAUUGUUUGACUGUUAAAAAUACAUAUUAAAUGUUUUAGACUAUGAGACUUAACUAAAUUGCAACUGCCUGAAAUGAUGUUUUUGUUACAAUUAUCCAGGAAUUAUGAAUUUUAGUCUUAUGUCAAUUUGAAAUAUACUGAAGUGCUAAGCGUUAUAUUUUGUUAAAUAUGACAACAAUUGGCUUUGGCUUUUGUGAAGUAAAGAAACUGUUAAUAAUUAGAUGUUAUUUGUAUUAUUAAUAGAGCUUUAAAGGUUUUAAAUAAGAAUUGGUGUUUAACAGAUUUUAUUUAAAUUUGAUAGACUUACAACUAGAAUUUUUCAACAUAUUUAAACGGAUUUAGCUUUUAGUUGUAUUGUUAUGUUGUUGUUUUUUCUAUUGAUGGACGUUAACAUGUGUUUUAAGUCACACCAAUUGACUUUUUCCUGGAUGUUGGAACCAGUGUGGAAGUGAGAAAAAAAUAUCGCACUGCUUAUGUGACUUGAAUCCAAAACCUCUAAAUUGGAUGCCAAGUGCUCCUCUUCUUCAGCUAAUUGGUGGUUAUGUAAUAUUCUGUAUCAUUUCAUGCGUGCAAGAUAAGGUAUGUUCCGAACGUUCACAAAUAUCACAUACAUGUAGGUUUAGAAAAACAUUAAAUUAAUAAGCAAAUAUAUUUGAAGUGAAGAUUUCAAGAUAUUUCUAUAUUAAGCAUUUAUGGAAGAAUUUUUAUGCUACAUGUAUAUGUAUUUAAUAUUUUGAUUACAUUUGAAAACUUUGUCUCGGUAGAUGUAAGCUUCUGUUUUCUUGGAAAUGGGAUAACCUGUAAACGUUAUAACUGCAUCACUAUCAUGUAUUUAUUGAAUAAAAUCAUAUUUGAUUUUA